ACAAGCUUAGCAAUUGCAAUCGGUGUCGCAGCAGCAGCACGUCUUGCCGUCAGUGGAAUCAAACAUUUCCCGAAAAUAAAAGCGGCAAUCAAUAGACCGAUCGAGAGACGGCCUAAAGGAGGUUUUGAACCAAAGAUGAAUAAAAACGAAGCCGUACAGAUUUUAGGCCUAAGGUAG